UCUUUCUUCUACCUCGUACUCGUAUCAAACGUCAUGUGUCAGAUGGUUUUCUUUUUCUCUAUUUUUGUGUGACGUACAUUAUACUUUCAACAAUAUAAUUAAAAUUUUCAUUUAAGUAUUGUGGUUUAAAUAAAAUUUCCUUCGUCUUUCAAUAACUUCAUAUUUCUCGUCAGUUAAUUUAAAAAGACCAACACAUCAUCCUAUUGCUCAAAAAAUAAAAUCAUGUCAUCUGAUGGAUGCAAUAUCAUCGAGCACUACCAAAAAGCCAUCAAGAAAGCACGAAACGAUGAAAGCAAACUAUUGCAUUGUAUUAGAAAACUAGACGCCCUGCCAAUUACAAUUGAUCAUUUGCAAAGGACCGGGGUGGGAAAAACAGUCAAUUCCUUGCGAAAGUAUAAUGGAGAAGUUGGUGAUGCGGCGAAAAUACUUGUGGCUAAAUGGAAGACUAUGGUUGCCAGUGGGGAAGUCCCUUCGUCGUCAUCACCAGAAAAACACCAGAACGGAUAUGGCAGUGUUGCUGCAGCAGCUCCAGUUCCGGCUGCAGCUGCUGUUGUAGAGAGAGAGUACUCACCCAAAAACAACCAUAUUGAAAUUAAGGAAAGUGAAGCUCGUCUAACAAGUAAUGGUAAGCAUAAGGAAGAAAAAAGGCACUCGGAGAGCCAUAAAGAUUCAAAUCAUAGAAAUAAAGACAUCCAAAGCAAACACACUGAUCAUCAUCACGAAAGCAGCAGAAGUAGUAGUAGUAAGUCUAAUGGUAAGGAAAAAAGCCACAAAUCAUCCUCAAGACAUGCCGAAAAAUCAAGUUCAAGUUCAUCUAAGUCCUCUUCUAGCAAGAAUUCUUCUAAAAGACACCGCGAAGAAGAUUCUUCCAGUAAGUCACACAAAAGAGAAAGAGAAAGAGAUACGAGUGUUCCCAACGGAACACCCGAGCCAUCUGGCUCAUCGUCGUCAAAGCAAACUACUGACGAAGUGACAACGGAAAAACAUCACUCCAAAGCAAAGAAACCGAAACUUAUUGUCAAUGAUGGCAUAGACAGCACUAUGGGUGCUAGUUUUUCCGAUGCUCUUGGCAUGUGUGGUAUAGGAGGAAGCUCAAAGAAGAACAAAAAGCUGCAGAAGAUUGCGGAAUCCUCCAAGCAAGUUGUGGAAACACCACCACGCUCUUCAAAACCAGUUGCCGAAAAGGAAAGCAAACACCCUACCGACCUAAUACCCGAAGCUUUGAAGACAUCACCCAAAACUAAGCUUGAUAUAUCACUCAAUCUGCCCAUAGCGUCAUCAGUUAAAAUUUCAGACAACUACAAACCCUCUCCCAUUAACCAAAAUGUCAUGAAUUGCAUUUAUCCUACAUCGAUGCCAGAGAAGCCGUCGUCUUCCAAUUACAAUAAUCUGAACAUUGGUAUUACUUCAAAAACUAUGCGCACCAAGGUCUAUUCAGGUGUUAAGACAGGCGCUCUAUUAUCAGUUCCAUCUCUCUUCGAUAUUUGCAUUAGAGUUUUGCAAAAGAACAUCGAUGCUCUGGAAUACACUGGAGGAGUGCCCUUCGAUGUCCUGCGGCCAGUUUUGGAGCGAACUACACCUCAGCAGCUAUUGAAUUUUGAAGACUACAACGCUUAUUUGUUAGAAGACACCGACGUUCUGUGGCAACAACAUGUUGGACGACACUUUCGUGGAAAGAUGAGGGAAGAGGGUGAAACUUGGCGAGAAAUGUUUUUGAGGUGCGAGGACGAAAAGGAACGACGGCUAAAUAUUCUCACUAAAAAUAUUAAAAUAUCUCAAAAGCAGAGCGCACUUCCAAUAAAGAAGACACGCUUAGCAUAUGUAGACAAUGUGGUCAAACCACCACGUAAUGUCCAACGCAAACAGGAACUGUACGGGACAAAUGAUAAGCUAAUAGCAUCACCUGCAGCACGAGUGGCUGCUUUAUCGUCUGCGUCACAUAAUACUGUUAUAGCUGGAGAUCCUCGAUUAAAAAUUGGAAGAGAUUUGGUUGCUGCAGCCAAUAGUAAUCCAUUAAAGAUUAAAAAGGCCCCCUUAAUGGCUAAGACAUUGCAGUUUAUUAAAAAAACUUAUAAAAGAUAAAAAAACAAAAAAUUGAUAAAAUAAAAUGGUCUUAAC